AUGGUGAUUGCCGGAGCACCUGGGCCGUCGCCAGAGCUCGCUGCCGCCUGGUCGGCUGUGGUCGCCAGGCCUCCGGCGGAGCUCGAAAGGGCGACCAUGGCGACGAAGCCCCUUCUACCUCCGGCUCCGAAACACGUGACAGCAGUCUCUGAAAAGACUCCUCCCCACGCACCCGCGGCUCCCUUUGCCGGGGCAGAGGCUGGCCCGUCCGCUCCCGCUGCUGUUCCGUCUGCUCCGCCUGCGUCGCCAGGCCCCCUGGCUCCCCUUGUCGAGCCGUCGGCGUCUGCCCCUGCCGGGGGUGUUGCUGAACCCCCUGCACCUGUCCCUGGCGCCCUUGUUGCGCCGAACGCUUCUGCCCCCUGCCUGCCUGCGCAGGCCUCUGUUUUGCCACCAAAGGCGGCGUCAGCCACCACUGGCGAACCGGCUCCGUCGGUUGCUCCUGCGGCAGCGGGUCAGUCCGCUCCCGCUGACCGCAAGUCAUCUCGUCGCCGGCGUGAGUCUCCACGGUGGUACCAGCAACAGUCGCACUGGACUGCUCGCCCCGGGGGUCAAGGGGAUUGGAGGGGUCCCCGUGCUCGUGGCGGGGGUGGGGGGUUUCGCCCGCCCGUGACGAUGGCGGAUCUUCAGCGGGAAGUGUCGAGGGCGGUUCGGGAGGAGAGGGCGGCGCAGAGCCAGAGCGGUUCGCUGCACGCCUUGCCGGCCCACGAGGCUUCCCGUCCGGCUGCGCUCCGCCCGAACCCGCAACCUGUUGCUGCGCCUCCCCCUCAGAUCCAAGCGCUGCCAGCUCCUUCUCCCGCUGUAUCGGCGCCUGCUCCCGGCUCUCGUCUCCAUCUGCCACCGGUUCCGCCUGUUGCGGGAGUGGAGUUUGUGGCCGCGGGUGGCGGCUCGUUGGCGGCUCCGUUCGCUCUCCGUGCCGGUGCUGAUGAGCCGCUCCAGUUCCUGGCAGAGGCACUCCAGCCUCCGCAGACCCGUGUUCCCGAGGCGACUCUCGGACAGCUACACCGCCUCGCUGACAGUCUCCACGCUCUGCUGCUGAUUCAGGUGCUGGCCCACUCGUCUCUCCCUGUGAUCCAUCCUGAGACCUUCCGUGGCCGCCAGCGUGACUCGUGCCUGGACGCGGCGGACCAGCUCGCGGUGCUGCUGGCGCCCGUGCUGGCUGCGCCCGUGGAGGGUGGCGCUGCUGCUGCGGGACAGCUUGACGAAGCCGUCCGGGGCUUGAGGCGGCACUUGCGCGGAGGAUCUGGAGCCGCGGCGAUCGGCGCAAGCACGCUAGUGGUCCGGGAGCUGUGGCGCUCCCUGACGGGCAUUCUUCACGCCCUUGGAGCUCACCGCAUGUAG